AUGGAGUACCUUGCUGUAGGUGGAUUUUACUUCCAGAUACUUUACCAAUGUUACUCUCACCCUCUGGCAAAAUAAAGAUUUUCCCAAGACAGAGGAAUGAACUUUCCUGUAUUUAGAUACUAAAUAACACUUGUGCAAUUGUCCUUCUGCUCUCAGGUAAUAGCUGGUUUUCGAGGGACAGUCCCACAUGGCCUAUCUCUGGAGAUUGGAGACACCGUUCAAAUAUUAGAGAAAUGUGAUGGGUGGUACAGAGGAUUUGCCUUAAAAAACCCCAAUGUUAAGGGCAUAUUUCCAUCCAACUACAUUCACUUGAAAAAUGCGUGUGUUAAGAACAAAGGACAAUUUGAAAUGGUUAUUCCAACAGAAGAUUCUGUUAUUACAGAAAUGACAUCAACUCUAAGAGACUGGGGAACGAUGUGGAAACAACUCUAUGUGAGGAAUGAGGGAGAUCUCUUUCAUCGACUCUGGCACAUAAUGAAUGAAAUCCUAGACCUGCGAAGGCAAGUCCUUGUUGGCCAUCUCACACAUGAUCGAAUGAAGGAUGUUAAGAGACACAUCACUGCUCGUCUGGAUUGGGGCAACGAACAACUAGGACUUGACUUGGUUCCAAGAAAAGAAUAUGCUAUGGUAGAUCCUGAAGAGAUCAGCAUUACAGAGCUCUACCGGCUGAUGGAGCAUCGUCAUCGAAAAAAAGACACACCAGUACCAGCUAGCAGCCACCAUCUUUUUGUUCAAAUGAAAAGUCUCAUGUGCUCCAAUUUGGGAGAGGAACUGGAAGUAAUCUUCUCACUCUUUGAUAGUAAAGAAAAUCGGCCCAUCAGUGAAAGAUUUUUUUUAAGACUGAAUAGAAAUGGUUUACCAAAAUGUCCAGAAAAGCCUGAAAGACACUGUUCUCUCUUUGUGGAUUUGGGUAGCAGUGAACUCAGGAAGGACAUCUAUAUCACUGUGCACAUUAUCCGAAUAGGACGAAUGGGAGCUGGAGAAAAGAAAAAUGCCUGCAAUGUACAGUAUAGACGGCCCUUUGGCUGUGCAGUCCUCAGUAUUGCAGAUUUAUUGGCAGGAGAUUCAAAGGAUGACCUCGUCUUAAAAGUAUACAUGUGCAACACAGAGAGUGACUGGUAUCAGAUCCAUGAAAACAUCAUUAAAAAGCUGAAUGCACGUUACAACUUGACAGGCUCCAAUGCAGGUCUGGCAGUUUCUCUUCAGUUGCUUCAUGGAGACAUAGAACAAAUUAGGAGAGAGUAUACAUCCAUGUUUACCCAUGGAGUGUCCAUAACAAGGAAGCUAGGUUUUUCCAAUAUUAUAAUGCCUGGUGAAAUGAGGAAUGAUUUAUAUAUCACUGUAGAAAGAGGAGAAUUUGAGAAAGGAGGGAAAAGUGUGGCCAGAAAUGUGGAAGUGACAAUGCAUGUCGUGGAUAGCAGUGGCCAAAUUUUAAAGGAUUUUAUCUCUUUUGGCUCUGGAGAGCCACCAGCCAGCGAGUACCAUUCAUUUGUGCUUUAUCAUAACAAUGGCCCCAGAUGGGCUGAGCUGCUAAAAUUGCCUAUUCCUGUGGAUAAAUUCAGAGGAGCACACAUCCGCUGUGAAUUCCGGCACUGUUCCACGAAAGAAAAGGGUGAGAAGAAGUUGUUUGGCUUUUCUUUCGUGCCUCUGAUGCAGGAAAAUGGGAGGACUCUGCCAGAUGGCACCCAUGAACUCAUUGUACACAAGUGUGAAGAAAACACAAACCUUCAGGAUUCUGGUCGCUACCUCAAACUCCCCUUUUCAAAGGGAAUUUUCCUAGGAAACAACAGCCAAGCAGUAAAAACCACUAAAGAGUCCUUCUGGAUUACAUCCUUUCUCUGCUCCACUAAACUCACACAAAACGGAGAUAUGCUUGACCUUCUGAAAUGGAGAACCCACCCAGACAAAAUUGCAGGUUGCCUCUCAAAAUUAAAAGAAAUUGAUGGUUCAGAAAUAGUGAAGUUCCUUCAAGAUACACUAGACACUUUAUUUGGGAUUUUAGAUGAAAACUCUCAAAAAUAUGGAUCAAAAGUAUUUGAUUGUUUGGUUCAUAUAAUAAAUUUGCUGCAGGACAGCAAGUUUCACCAUUUUAAGCCAGUAAUGGACACUUACAUUGAAAGUCAUUUUGCAGGAGCACUGGCAUACAGAGAUCUUAUAAAAGUACUGAAGUGGCAUAUUGAUCGAGUCACGGAAGUGGAGCUGCAUGAGCACAUACAGGAAGUACUAAAGGCACAGGAAUAUAUCUUUAAAUACAUAGUUCAGUCUCGAAGGUUAUUCUCUAUUGCCACUGGUGGACAAAAUGAGGAGGAAUUUCGCUGCUGUAUUCAAGAGCUCCUUAUGUCAGUACGCUUCUUCCUUUCCCAAGAGAGCAAAGGAGCUAGUGCUUUAUCUCAGCUGCAAGCUGUGUUUCUCAGCUCAUUCCCAUCGGUGUACUCUGAACUUUUGAAGCUCUUUGAUGUUAGAGAAGUAGCAAAUUUGGUUCAUGAUGCUCUGGGCAGCUUGCCAAGAGUCAUGCAUGGUGAUGAGUCCCUUCAAGCUGUUAAACUGCAGAGUAUUGGGAAAACUGUAGAGAGUCACCUGUACACUAAUCCAGAUUCUCGAUACAUUCUUCUUCCUGUGGUUUUACAUCAUCUUCACAUGCAUUUACAAGAGCAGAAGGACCUUAUAAUGUGUGCACGUAUCCUUAGCAACAUAUUUUGCCUCAUCAAGAAGAACAGCUCUGAAAAGUCUGUCCUGGAAGAAAUUGAUGUGAUUGUAAACAGCCUGCUAGAUAUUCUGUUAAGGACCAUACUAGAGAUCACCAGCCGACCACAACCAGCAGGCUCUGCUAUGCGCCUCCAGUUUCAAGAUGUGACUGGGGAAUUUGUCUCCUGUUUAUUGUCACUCUUGCGACAAAUGACUGAUAGACAUUAUCAACAGCUUCUUGAUAGCUUCAACACAAAGGAAGAUCUGAGGGAUUUCCUGCUGCAGAUUUUCACUGUAUUUCGGAUACUAAUACGACCAGAGAUGUUUCCAAAAGACUGGACAGUGAUGCGUUUGGUUGCAAACAAUGUGAUCAUUACUACAGUCUUGUAUCUUUCGGAUGCCCUUCGUAAAAACUUCUUAAAUGAAAACUUUGAUUACAAGAUAUGGGAUUCCUACUUUUUUCUUGCUGUCAUUUUUAUAAACCAGUUAUGUCUGCAACUGGAGAUGUUCACACCUUCCAAGAAGAAAAAAGUUUUAGAAAAAUAUGGUGACAUGCGGGUAACAAUGGGAUGUGAAAUCUUCAGCAUGUGGCAGAAUUUAGGGGAACACAAGCUUCACUUUAUUCCAGCAUUGAUUGGCCCCUUCUUGGAAGUGACCCUUAUCCCUCAGCCUGACCUGAGAAAUGUCAUGAUUCCCAUUUUCCAUGACAUGAUGGACUGGGAGCAAAGGCGAAGUGGCAACUUCAAACAGGUAGAAGCAAAACUGAUUGACAAACUGGACAGCCUAAUGUCGGAAGGUAAAGGUGAUGAAACAUACCGAGAGCUCUUCAACAGUAUAAUUCCACUUUUUGGUCCUUACCCUAGUCUACUGAAGAAAAUUGAGCGGGAAACAUGGAGGGAAAGUGGUGUUUCUUUAAUCGCCACUGUGACUCGCCUCAUGGAGAGGUUACUGGACUACAGGGACUGCAUGAAAAUGGGUGAAGUGGAUGGCAAAAAGAUUGGCUGCACUGUUAGCCUUUUGAAUUUUUACAAGACUGAACUGAACAAGGAAGAGAUGUAUAUUCGCUAUAUUCAUAAGCUCUAUGAUCUACAUCUGAAAGCACAAAAUUUCACAGAGGCUGCCUACACGCUCCUGCUGUACGAUGAGCUGUUGGAGUGGUCUGAUCGGCCACUGAGAGAAUUUCUCAACUACCCCAUGCAAACAGAGUGGCAACGUAAAGAGUGUCUCCAUCUGACCAUCAUUCAAAAUUUUGAUAGGGGAAAGUGUUGGGAAAAUGGUAUUAUCUUAUGCAGGAAAAUUGCAGAACAAUAUGAGAGCUACUAUGACUACAGAAACCUCAGCAAGAUGAGGAUGAUGGAAGCAUCUUUGUAUGAUAAAAUUAUGGAUCAGCAGCGUUUGGAACCAGAGUUUUUCCGAGUUGGAUUCUAUGGGAAGAAGUUCCCAUUCUUCUUGAGAAAUAAGGAAUUUGUUUGCCGAGGACAUGACUAUGAAAGACUGGAGGCCUUCCAGCAGCGAAUGUUGAAUGAGUUCCCACAUGCCAUUGCUAUGCAACAUGCUAAUCAGCCAGAUGAGACCAUCUUUCAGGCAGAAGCACAGUAUUUGCAGAUCUAUGCUGUGACACCAAUUCCUGAAAACCAAGAGGUCCUGCAGAGAGAUGGCAUUCCUGAUAACAUCAAGAGCUUUUACAAAGUAAAUCACAUCUGGCGAUUCCGAUAUGACAGGCCAUUUCACAAAGGAACCAAGGACAAGGAAAAUGAAUUCAAGAGCCUAUGGGUGGAGCGAACCACACUGAUCUUGGUGCAGAGUUUACCUGGAAUAUCUCGUUGGUUUGAAGUGGAAAAACGUGAAGUGGUGGAAAUGAGUCCCCUUGAGAAUGCUAUUGAAGUCUUAGAAAAUAAGAAUCAGCAGCUGAGAACACUGAUUACUCAGUGUCAAACUCGACAGAUGCAAAAUAUUAACCCUCUCACAAUGUGUCUAAAUGGGGUCAUUGAUGCAGCAGUUAAUGGUGGAGUUGCUAGAUACCAAGAAGCAUUUUUUGUCAAAGAAUACAUCUUGAACCAUCCAGAGGAUGGAGAGAAGAUCACACGUUUGAGAGAGUUGAUGCUCGAGCAGGCCCAGAUUCUAGAAUUUGGCUUGGCAGUGCAUGAGAAGGUGGUGCCACAGGACAUGAGGCCCUUGCACAAAAAGCUGGUGGAUCAGUUCUUUGUGAUGAAGUCAAGCUUGGGCAUACAGGAAUUUUCUGCCUGUGUACAAGCUAGCCCUAUUCAUUUCCCAAAUGGAAGUCCUCGUGUAUGCCGAAAUUCCAUACCUGUUUCUAUGAGCCCUGAUGGUGCCAGGGUAAUACCACGACGCAGUCCCUUGAGUUAUCCAGCUGUCAAUCGGUAUUCAUCCUCAUCACUGUCGUCCCAAGCUUCUGCUGAAGUCAGCAAUAUCACUGGGCAAUCCGAAAGCUCUGAUGAAGUUUUUAAUAUGCAGCCUAGUCCGUCUACCUCAAGCCUGAGUUCCACUCAUUCUGCUUCACCUAAUGUGACCAGUUCUGCUCCAUCCAGUGCCAGAGCCUCUCCUCUGUUAUCUGACAAACAUAAGCAUUCCCGAGAAAACUCUUGCCUUUCCCCUAGAGAGAGGCCCUGCAGUGCCAUCUAUCCUACACCUUUGGAAACCUCACAGACUGCAAACUCUUGCUUUGCCAAAUGGAAUGCGGCUUCUAUCCCCCACUCUACCCGAGAUUCGAUAAGGGAGGCUGAGGAGCUCGUAUGCCCAGUCUCCACUCUCUCUGAGACUCGCCCGGCAGGAAAAUCUCCCAAUCUCUCUCUACCCUCAGUGUCCCAAGAGAGGAGAAUGCUGUUCAAUCACAUUGGGGACAGUGCUUUGCCACGAAGCGAUUCCAAUCUGCCUGGUCCUGAGAAAGCUGUAAAUGCCACUCCCAGCAGCUGGAGCCUGGACAGUGGGAAGGAAGCCAGAAACACAUCAGAAAGUGGAAAGCUUAUAUCUCCUCCUGUACCACCAAGACCUGCACAGACUGCAUCACCAGCAAGACACAUAGCCUCCGUUUCCCCUUCUCCUACUGGCAGAUCACCAAUGAAGGGGUCUGUGCAAUCAUUCACACCAUCUCCAGUGGAGUAUCAUUCCUCGGGGCUCUUAUCCAACUCCCCAGUGCUGUCGGGGAGUUACAGCAGCGGCAUCUCUUCGCUCAGCCGAUGUAGCACAUCGGAGACGUCAGGCUGUGAAAGCCAAGGCAGCGAACCAACAGUGACUGUCCCAAACUACAGUGUUUCUGAGGAGCCUGUGAGAAAAGAAAGCAAAACCCCACCGCCUUACAGCGUGUAUGAGCGGACUUUGAAACGCCCUGUUCCUCUACCUCACAGCCUCUCCAUCCCACCCGCCACAGACCCACCAGCGCUGCCACCCAAGCCGCAGCUCGUCCGGCCAAACAAUCUGGAAAACAGCAACAGGAGGACCGAGCAGGUUCCCCGGCCCAGGCCUCUGCCCCGCAAAGUCUCUCAGCUAUGA